UAUUGGGCAGCUGAAACCACGUGACGUGUUUAGUUCCGGAUUUACUCACAUGGGUUCCAGUUUCUGACUCAUGGAGCGUUUGUUAGCUUCAGGUAUUGGGCAACUGGCUGUUGGGACUGUCGGGCUGCUGAUUUUGCUGAAAGUGAUACAGAGAUUGAGAGACAAGCAGAAUGUGCAGAAUAAAGUGGUGGUGAUCACUGGAGCCAGCUCAGGCCUGGGCAAAGAGUGUGCACGGGUGUUUCAUGCUGCAGGGGCCCGACUGAUCCUGUGCGGACGGGACCAAAAGAGACUGCAGGAGGUGGUCGAGGAGCUGAGAGCUAAACCCAAUGGAAAGAUACAGACUUAUCCUCCAUGCACUGUCACCUUUGACCUCUCCAACACAGCGUUGGUUGCCAGUGCCGCCGAGGAGAUUUUGAAGUGCCACGGUCAUGUGGAUGUCCUCAUCAACAAUGCAGGCAUUAGUUACCGUGGCAACAUCCUGGACACCCACAUCUCUGUUCAGCGAGAUGUCAUGGAGACCAACUACUUUGGUCCUGUUGCUCUUACCCAAGCCAUUCUGCCCUCUAUGGUAGACAGACGUAGUGGACAUAUUGUGGUCAUCAGCAGUGUGCAGGGAAAGAUCGCCAUACCAUACAGAUCUGCAUAUGCAGCAUCUAAACAUGCAACUCAGGCUUACUUUGACUGUUUGAGAGCUGAGGUUGACAGGUUUGGCCUGCAGGUGUCGGUCAUCAGCCCUGGUUACAUCAGAACUAACCUGUCCAUCAAUGCAGUCACAGGGGAUGGCUCUAAAUACGGAGUAAUGGACAAAACCACAGCAAAGGGGUGGGAUUCUGGGGAUGUGGCGCGUGCCAUUUUGAAGGCUGUCCAUCAUAAACAGAAAGACACUGUGCUGGCUGGUCCACUGCCCACUGUAGCCAUCUAUCUACGUACUCUCUGGCCUGCUCUCUUCUUCAGACUGAUGGCUUCACAGGCCGUAAGGGAACAAAGAGUGAAAGAAGAAUAAGAGAAACAGUAUUGAAGAAAAAAGGGAUAUUUUCUUUUUUGAUGUCUUGACAUUUUAAGUCAAAUUUAUUUGUCAAAAUGCUUGUGGAAUGUAUUUGACUAAAUAUUUAUUCACAGUUACAUUUCAUUAAAUCAUCCCUGACCUGUGAAAAAUUCAACAGUAUGUAAUAAGGAACAAGUGGAAAAAUCAGCUGGACGGUUUUUAUUUCCUUAGAUGUAAUAAAGUUCUUGUAUGGGAAAUAUAUAUAUAAUUGCUCUGAUUAUUGAUGUAUUACAUAUAUAUUGUUCUGGAUUAAACCAUUUGCUAAUUUAUUGAUAUCUUAUUAACCCUAACUUUAUCAUUAACCAAAUUUCCCACUCCAUGCAUCCUGCUGCACUUCACAAAAGUUGUAGUUCUCAUAUGUUGGUUGUAAUAAUCACUGACCAUUAUCAUCACACACUGGUGCCCAUACAGGAAGUUAAAAUAUUCAUUCAACAUUAACAUCUCAAGUUCUGUCGUCUGCCUCAGCUGGUUGCCCCAACCAGGGACUACUUAAAAUGAAUUUCCAUGGCAAUAAAAACAGACAGAGCAUUACUGCAAAAACCGUAUUAUAAUAUGGUUAUGACAGAUGCUUACGACAAAUUUUUUGAUGGAGAUGUACCACACACAUGCAGCUCCCAAUAAAAAUCUUGAAGAGG